CACUGGGAACACUGGGCUGAUCUGUCGGCCAGCUCGUGUCUGGAGGUGUGGAAACCGAGCAGAUUUUCACAUUUUGACCGCAUUUGCCGAGCAGCAAGGGGGUCAAGGUGUGAUCCAUGGAUCUCUCAAGAAGACUGGAUUAACUAGAAGGUUUGACUUCCUCCAGCAGUGAGACACUUUGGCCCUCUCAGAGCUCUUUGUUUCGACCAAUCAGAGAGCUUCUCCUCCCCGCUCUGCCCUUCCUCCGACCCUCUGCUGCGUCUCCCUGAGCCGACAUCAUGGGGACGGUCCUGUCUCUGUCCCCCAGCUACCGUAAGGCGGUGCUGUUUGAGGACGGCCCGGCCACCGUGGGCCACUACACCGCCGUCCAGAACAGCAAGAACGCCAAGGACGCUGCCGCGGCGGCUGGGAAAUCCCUCAAACGCCCCUCUAUUAUCAGCGUGUUGCCAUGGAAACGCAUCGUGGCCGUAUCAGCCAAGAGGAAGGGCUCCAAGAAGCUGCAGGCGGACGGCGGAGACGGCGGGAAAGGCAGCUCUCCGGACGGCCACGCCACCGCCGCCACCGCCACCUCGGCCUCCAACAGCCUGAAGCUGAAGAAGUCUCAGUCCUGUGCUAACCUGUCCUCGUUCUCCAGCCAGGACCCCUCGGCCGCCGCCACCACUACCUCCUCACACCUGCCCGUCUCCAAGACCCUGGCUAACGUAGCUACUGUCGCUGCCAAAAAGAAUUCCCUCACAGGCUCCGGGAUCCAGCCAGCCACCGCAACCGGCACGCCAAAACGUGUCAUCGUCCAGGCCUCCACCAGCGAGCUGAUGCGUAGCCUGGGAGAGUUCCUGUGCCGUCGCUGCUACAGACUGAAGCGUCUCUCUCCAACAGAUCCGGUUCUGUGGCUGCGCAGCGUGGACCGGUCCCUGCUCCUGCAGGGCUGGCAGGACCAGGGCUUCAUCACCCCGGCCAACGUGGUCUUCCUCUACAUGCUGUGCCGGGACGUGGUCUCCUCCGAGGUGGCGUCGGAGCGCGAGCUGCAGGCCUCGCUGCUCACCUGCCUCUACCUGUCCUACUCCUACAUGGGCAACGAGAUCUCCUACCCGCUGAAGCCCUUCCUGGUGGAGGCGGAGAAGGAGGCCUUCUGGGACCGCUGCCUGGAGAUCAUCAACCGCAUGAGCGGCAAGAUGCUCCAGAUCAACACCGACCCGCACUUCUUCACCCAGGUGUUCGCCGACCUGAAGAACGAGAGCAAGAAAGAGGAGGAGAAGACCAAACUCCUCAUAGGCCUCGACCGAUAAGAGGGAGCUGGGAGGG